AUGACACAAACAACAACAACAACCUCUUCAGAAACAACCACCACGACAACAACCUCAAACUCCUCCACCUCUUCAUCUUCUUCACCACUACCCUCACAUUCAACUCAAAAACAAACCUCAACAAAGCCCAAAGACGACAAAAACAACAACAAACACCCAACCUACCAUGGAGUAAGAAAACGCAGCUGGGGAAAAUGGGUGUCAGAAAUUCGAGAGCCUCGCAAAAAAUCACGAAUCUGGCUCGGAACAUUCUCAACACCAGAAGCAGCAGCUAGAGCACACGAUGUAGCAGCUUUAACCAUCAAAGGCAAAACCGCAAUCCUCAAUUUUCCUAAUAUUUCAAACAUGCUCCCUAUACCUGCCACGUCAGCACCUAGUGACAUUCAAGCUGCAGCAACAGCAGCAGCAGCUAUGGUUGACUUUGAUGAACCUGUCGCGCACGUGACAGUACAAUGUUGUUCUGAAUCUGAACAAGAACAAGAACAAGAACAAGAGCUUAGUCAAAUUGUUGAACUUCCUAAAAUUAAUGAAGGUGAAGAUGACUCGGUUGUUGACUCAGCUGGUUCUGAGUUUCUUUUGCUUGAUGACUCGGUUAAUAGUACUAACUGGGACGUUUAUCAUCAUCCUCUUACUCCAUCAAUUGGUUUUGAAGAUGGAAUUGAAUUCUAUGCUACUUUUUCUGAUGAUUUUUUAUCACCCAUUUGGGAUUGA